CAGUCUACAGAGAGCGCGAGGAGAGUUUUGUCGUGUGCGUGUCUCCCAAGAAAGUUUCCAGGAAGUUGCGUGAGGUUAACAAACUGAAAACUAACCAAAAGUUGUGAUUUGUGGCGUCGGUAUUUGUUUUUCCUGCUGUUGACUAUGUUCUUCAGAUGUCGGUGAAAUUUGUCAAGUUUUCAAAAACGACACCGGAGGAUGGUUGAGUUUCGGUUCGGAAGUUUUUCGGGGGUAUUUGAAAAAUGAUAGAGGCAGUUUGCAACAAUACCAGGUCCAGUCGUCCAUUUGGGUUACCACAACUGAAAAAGCGUAAAAUCGAGAUUGCUAGCAUGGCUACCGUGGCUAAAAGCUUCACUAAGACUUUAGAAACGUUAGAGGAUAAGCGGCGAAAAAAAUCUGAUGACGUCAAAUCCCUUCUCCUUCCUCAAAAGAAACGCGUGCUACCUCCCUCGAAUACCGCCAGCCCCGUGAAAAAGAGCCCCAAGAUGUCUUGCGACGAAGGUGCUGCAGAGGCAACGCUGAUACGCGAAACCGAGGCCGCUCUGAAAAACCUAUCGGGCAGCUGGCCAGGCCCCCGAGGAGGUUAUACGAGUCACCACGAAGAGGCACCGGCAUUUGAGAAUCUUUUCGACGAGAAGAAAGCCAUCGUUAAAAUGUCCCCAUGCUCGACGUCUAACUGUAGCAGCGAUAACGCCAGCUCGCUGAAAGAUGUUAUAACGUUGAGGGAACAGCACGAGCAUGAAGAAAGCUCUGAUGAAAAAUCCAACAGCUCCAAAUGCCGAAGCAGUCCAAAGUCCAGCGACAGCAGCAAAUCUAAGACCAGCAGCCGGGUCCACUACCAGUCUCCAGACUUCAACGAACUCGUAGACGAUUCUUCGAACGAACUAGAAAUCGAUAUGUCAGAGGCUGCUUCGGAAAAAAACGAGUCAAACGAUAAGUCUGACCAAGAAAAGAAAAAGGAAGACUCCAAACAACCUUCGAAAUUUCUCUCAGAAACCACAACGUUUCACUCCUUUCCUCGUACUCCUGCCAAUCCCUCUCCAUUCUCAACCACAUCUGCGUUUCGUCCUCCCCAAACGAAAAAUCCUCCUCUGGGCCCAUUUCCCGCUGAGGCUACUUUCGUGGGAUAUCCUGGUGAUUCUUCGCCGGCCGUGGAUAAAGCAAAGAGUAUAACGACCUUGAAACCAACAGAAACCAAUGCCGAACCUCAAGUGAAGAGUCCUGAAGGAGUCAGUAAACAAUACACCAUAUUACAACCGGCAGGAGUGGGAUCUAGAGCUGCCAGUACUUUGCAGGAAGUAGCGAGAGAGGGCGUACAGAGCGUUUCUGCUGUCGGUAGCGCUUCUGUUGGUGAAGGAAGCAGUAAAAUGGCAGCACCGCCGACAGUGGCUCCUGGGUCAUUAUCACCUAACAGCAUUGGUAGAGAGGGAAGUAAGUGCCCCACCCCGGGCUGUACCGGUCAAGGACACGUCACAGGGCUCUAUUCCCAUCAUAGAAGUCUGUCGGGAUGUCCGCGCAAAGACAAGGUUACUUCGGAAAGUGGUGCUCAAAGCGAAUUCACUCAAAGCUACGAAAGCAAGAGGUCUCCUACUUCGGAAGACGUUAAGCCCAAUUAUUUGGUUUAUGGGAAUCCUUCGACGACGUCAGCUGAUGACAAGCCUACUUACGACCAAUUUUACAGUUCCAAAACGAAUCCUAUCAAGCCAGAUCCGAUGAAAGUCCCAAAAUCUGAAUUAACUGCUAGUAAUUGUUGCAAUGUUGCUGGACAAGGAGAACUUCUAGUACCAAAAACAGAAAUGCCAAGUUCUUGCAGAUCACCUCCGUCGGGAAUGAGAUCAGCCUACGAACCCUACAUAAAUCAAGAUUCAAAUUCUUCUUCGAUGUCAAGUAUGGACACGAUGAACUCGAGGGGUCCACAUCAAAUUCACCACACCGCUCCUCACAUGGGUCCCCAUCACAAUCCCCAACAACCAGGAUACAAUAUGGAUCAUCAAAUGCCUCACCGAUCUCCCUACCAUCAGUCACCAAUGUCCGAAGAAAUGUAUCACAGGGAGCGAUCCUACGCUGAAAUGAGCGAUUCAAUGGGAAGUGCUAUCGCUAGACCAGUAGUCACCUAUUCCAACGAAAUAGUUAAUAGAUCGUACGAUUCAGCUUUAAUAAAUUCGGCCAGUCACAGGCCGUAUGAUCCUGGUACCACCAGUUUCGAAAGGUACGACUCUAGCCAAUGUGUUUCUCUUCAACAACCCUUGGGACCUCCAAGGGUACCACCACAGGGUAUGUACGGGUAUAUGGAAGAGCAUCCGGAGCAAAGGUAUCAGCAAGAAGCCGCAGCUGUUCAACAGCAUCAACUAGCAGUAGCGAACGCACAAGGAUUAAUGAAAAGCGAAGAGCAAGAAUCAAGUGGACCCCUUUAUCCCAGACCAAUGUAUCAGUACGAUGCUACGAGUGGCGGUCCCCUUCCUGUGGGCUUUUCAGCAAUUAACUUAUCUGUGAAAUGUGUGACAACGGCCCACGCUCAAAUGAAGGGGCCACAUACGUCUCCCGGGGGCUCUGUUAUCGAUCUUUCGACGACGUUACUAUUUAACUUAUCUGUGAAAUGUGUGACAACGGCCCACGCUCAAAUGAAGGGGCCACAUACGUCUCCCGGGGGCUCUGUUAUCGAUCUUUCGACGUCCAGCGUCACCACUACCAGUCCACAGGUGGCGUACAGUUCACCGCACUACGGUGGCCAAAGAGUCGGAGGCAGCCCACAAGCGGCGGCCAGUCCCCACCUCUCGGCGAGCCCCCAGGUGCCCAGCCCCCAGGGCCAGACGCUGGACCUCAGCGUUAGCAGGCUGUCCCACAGCAGCGAUACGAACCCGCAAUACCAAAACGGCCACAGUGAAGCUGUACCGGUACAACCUCGUCCGCCCCCCGGCUACUCGCCCCCGCGGGAUGAACAAAUGGAACCUGUCGAUUUCUCAACCGCAAAUGAACCCACCGUUAAUUUCAGUGGCGUGCGGCCUGUGGCGACCUUCGCUUCAAGCGCUGGCGGCGGGCCCGUCUUGGCGCCUGGCUCCGGCUACAGCAGAGAAUCCACCCCCGACAGCGGAGGCAGCCACUACAUGGAUGCCUACAGGGAUCCAGCAGGUUAUGGUCCAAUGAGUCCGCACCCAGGUUACGGUAUGACUACAGUGGCGAGCGAUUAUUCGUCGAAUCCAUACACACCAUACCCCACAGGCGGUUAUUCAUGUGCCAGCGGAUAUCCGGGAGCGGUGACAACAGGAUAUCCUGUGCCUCCCGGUGGAUAUUCUCCCAGCACUUGUUAUUCGAUGCCUCCACCUCAGCAUUCCCUAUCGCAGCACGAUAAGUCGCCAAAUAAAGACAGUUUGUCUGGUUGCCCUAGAGCAGAUCGUUCCCAAAUUCAAGCACACUCACAAGAGUUGAAAUGUCCAACACCAGGUUGCGAUGGCUCUGGUCAUGUAACUGGGAACUAUUCAUCUCAUCGAAGUUUAUCGGGCUGUCCUAGAGCCAACAAACCGAAAAGUAAACCCAGAGAUGGUCAGGACUCUGAACCAUUGAGUGCUUCUGGCUGUCCAAUUGCCAACCGAAACAAAAUGCGAGUCCUGGAAAGCGGUGGUUCAGUAGAGCAGCACAAAGCGGCAGUAGCAGCAGCCACUGCUAUGAAAUUUGAGGGAGUCAACUGUCCAACCCCCGGAUGUGAUGGAACAGGCCAUAUUAACGGAUCGUUUCUAACUCACAGGUCACUCAGUGGAUGUCCAGUAGCUGGCCAAAGUAUCAAAAAGUCUAAAUAUCCUGAAGACAUGCCGUUUUAUGCCAAGGGAUAUACAGGUAUAGAACAAGGUCCCAAUAAUGGUGAAGACCUCAUGACUUUGGAAGCUGAAAUUUCAGAACUUCAGAGGGAAAAUGCCAGAGUGGAAUCACAAAUGAUAAAAUUGAAAUCGGACAUAAAUGCCAUGGAAAGCCAUCUUGGACAUGGUGAAAAGGAAACGCAAGCCCUCAGCCAACGAACCACCAACCUGAACGAGUACUACGAAAGCCUUCGCAACAACGUCAUCACCCUCCUGGAGCACGUACGACUGCCGGGAGGCGGGGUAAUGACUCAAGAGAAAAUCGGCCAAGACAACUUCGAUUCCUACUUGAGUAAAUUGCAAACGCUUUGCACGCCUGAAGGGUACUGCAGUGACGAGAACAGACCAUUGUAUGAAACUGUGAAGUGUGCAUUGCAGGAUUUUACUGUGUUGCCAACGCCUAUAUAAAAUUGAAAUUUCUUGAAAGGUUCUUGGGGCUUCUUGUAGUUGUAGAUUGAAGUAAAAACUGUCCAAAAGUUUCAAAGUGACAUCAAUAUAAAUUUCUUCAAUGGAAGGCCAUGGAUCAAAUAUUGAUAAUGAUUUUGAUCCCUAUCGAAUUUCAUGUUAGGGGCUCUUCGAGUUGAAAAUUACUGUAUGUUUUACGUUUUUUUUUUACUAAAAAUGAAGCAAUACUUGAAAGUUACUACUGGACAAAAUAAUUAUACGAGGGUAUUUGCAAUUUUAACAAAUAUUAUGUAUUAAGAGAAACUUAACUUGGAUCACUGAUAAGUCACUGAAACUUAUUAAUAUCAUCAUUUUUUAAAACUACUAUGAGUGGUUUCAAAGGUUUGUUAUUCUUGAUUGAUUCAUUACUGUGAAAUGAAUGAUUUAAUAUUUGAAUAAACAUCUUUUUUUUUUCUCCCAAAACAGAUGUACCCAAAGUGUUUAUAAAAAAUCAAAUCGAUUUUUUGAAUAACGUAUACAAUGAAAGUCGGCAGUUUGUGACCUCCUUCUAUCAAUGAACACUCUCCUGUAGUAAUUCACUAUAGAUUUCUGAAAAAAAUAAUUUUUGAGAAAAAACUCAACCUAAAGAGCUUUUCAGAGUUGAACGAUAUUUUAUUAUUUUCAUUUCAUUUACAAUAGUUACUAGAGUUGACACAUUUAAAAAAAUUGUCUUGAAGAACCCUUCCACCACUUGAAAUUCAAACUAUUUCAGUGGAUCUGGUUGAAAUCUAAACAACCAUCAAUAUGAAAUCCACUGACCUUCAACAUAAGCAAGAAAUUUUCUGUGUAUCCACGAUACUGAAUGUUUUUCCUACUCUGGAGCCAUACGUAAUAUUAAAUUGUGAUUUUGUAAAUAAUUACCCAAAGACAAAGGGAUAUGAGCUGUAUAGAUAUCUCUGGCUAAAAAUGAAAAAUGCAAUGUAUUAUAUACCUACUAUUGAAAAAUGAUUGUAAAUAGCUCGUUUUUAUUUGUAUCUAUGUACAAAGUUCGUUUUAGUUAAGUAUUUAUAUCUUCUUGACCAUAAUGGUUAUAAAUAUUGGUUCUUUCUUCAAUUGAACACACUGAACAUUUCAAUUCAUUCAUAACCAAUUAAAGAAAGAAACUUUAGUAUUGAUGACAUUUCAGCGAUACGUUUAGUAAAAUUUGUUUCACUGUUGUUUUUGUUAAAUUAUCUGUAAAAAGGUUAUAGAUAUUUAUCUUCUUUUAGAGAACUAUUUUAAUAAAAUCGCUCAUAAACAUGGAAACUUCAAGUAUUAGUAUAAUUUUUUUAGAUACUCUGUGAUUAUGUAUACCUAGUCUCUAUAUAGGUAGAAAAACUAGUGUUACUUGUAAGCAUUCAUCGUAAAUGCUCAAAGUGAUUUUUUUUAGUGGGGAGAACCCCUACAGUUAUUUUCUGUCGAGCAUUCAGCAUCCCCUUGAAAACGUGCAAUGAGGUGUGUAUAUGAUAAUAAAAUUCACACAGUGUUCUGGAAAGUCUGUUCUGUUGUUAUUUAUGAAUUAUUUCAUUUUUAGUUAAACUUAAACUCCAACCGAAAAUGGUGUUUUACUGUGCUGUUUACCCAAAAGAUAUUGUUGUGUAAUGUGUAAAUAUAUGAAUGAUAUAUUCGAAUUCUCAUUAUUCAAUUAUUUGUUCUCACCAAAUAUAUAUGUUAAUAUACAUGUGUUGUUAUCAAAUAAAGUAUUUGAAAGGCC